UACAAAAUGUAACGUACCGCUGCGUGGUCUUCGCGACCUACCUCAAAUACUAGCAAACAUUUCCGAUACAAUGUCCAACGUCACCAACGGACAGAAGCUCGCGCCCUCAAUCGACGUGAAGAAGCUGAGCUAUGCCUUCCCCGAUGGUUCCAGCGGCCUGCAAGACGUCUUCCUUGACCUGCCGCCGGGCAGCAGAACACUGUUGAUCGGAGCUAACGGUGCCGGUAAAACGACCCUUCUGCGCCUACUCUCGGGCAAACGCAUGGCCCCCGCCGAUACCGUGGCUAUCGCAGGCGUCGACCCUUUCAAGCACGGUCUCGAGGGCGUCACCUACCUCGGCCUCGAAUGGGUUCUCAACCCCAUCGUUCGCACAGACAUUGACGUCGUUACCCUCCUGAACUCAGUCGGCGGCAAAUACUACUCCGAGCGAUGCGAGGAACUAGUCCAGGUGCUGGACAUCGACCUGACGUGGCGCAUGCACGCUGUCUCUGACGGCGAGAGGAGGCGAGUACAAUUAGCAAUGGGUCUCCUGCGACCAUGGACAAUCCUCCUCCUCGACGAGAUCACCGUUGAUCUUGACUUGCUGUCGCGAUCAAACUUCUUGGCUUUCCUCAAGAAGGAGACCAAUGAACGACCAUGCACCAUCGUGUACGCAACACAUAUCUUGGACAACCUUGCGUCGUGGCCCACGCACCUUGUUCAUAUGUCGCUAGGGAAGGUGAAGAAGUGGGGUAGCAUUGAGGACAUGGGUGUGAAGAACGAUCCCGAUUCCAGAGUACUGUCUGGAAACAGUCAGCUCGGUGAGCUUGUGCUCAACUGGCUGCAAGAAGAUCUCGACGAGAGAGGUCCUAGAAACGGGAGGAAUGCUCCUCGCUCCGAGGGCAAGACAUACCAGAAUCUCGAGGGCAAGGGCGGGUACGGUGCCGAGAAGAAGAUCGAUAAAGAGUAGAGGGAUGACAUAGAAUGCGGUCAAGAGGUGCAGCGGGUCUGCUUCAACAACGCAGACCGCUGGGUUUCAACAGGCGUUAAGAGGCUUCUCAACAAGGAUACCCCAUUUCAGAAUUCAACACGAACUAGAGCAAGAAUCAAUUCCACAAGACUAUUGUA